AUGAGCAACAGAGGCUGGAAUUCAAAUCCAGACUCUAAAGGUCCAUCAGUGCCUCCAUCCCAGUCAAAUGUAAAACAAGAAGAGCCAGCCCAUGUAGCAGUACCUAUCAUUACUCCAGUACCUAUUGUAAUUGGUCCAGUAGCAGCUGUGGACAGUUCUGGAAAAAUCACAAUAUCUCCUAUGGUUAUAUUUCCAGGUUGCAUGGAUGCAGAACUUGCAAAAAAAUCAGAUUUCAAGGCCCAGAUUCUAAAAAAUGGAGCCACUACAAAGUCUGACAGCAGCCAAGAAGAAAACAAGAAAACACUAAAGAAGGAAAUUUUAGUCAUAGACUCUGAUGAAUCCUUGACAUCAAGGCACAAAACAGAGUCAAAAUGGAAAACAAAAGGCAUUGAGUUGGAGAACGGAAGGAUAGGAAUGGGGAUCAUAGAAAAGGAGAGUGAGACCAGGAUACUAAGAGAGGAAGACCAAGUAAAAAUGAGUGACAUGGGAAUACCAAAAGGAGAGGAAACCCAAGUAAAGAGGAGAGAGUCCAGAAUACCACAAGGACAGGAGUCCCAAGUAGAGAAUAAUGAAGCUGGAAUAUCAGAAGGACAAGAGUCCCAAGUAGAGAGUAAUGAAGCUGGAAUACCAGAAGGACAGGACUACCAAGUAGAAAAUAAUGAAGAUGAAAUACCACAAGAGCAGGAGUACCAAGUAGAGAAAAAUGGGUCUGAAAUACUGCAAGUUCAGGAACCUCAAGUAAAGGAAGAGAAUUCUGAGGAUCAAAUAAAGCAAGACAAAGGAAAGGAAGAUGCAAGGAAGAAGAAAGAUACAGAAGAAAAUGAUGCUAUGAAAAAAAGGGAUGUAGGAAAGUACAAAGUUAAAAGAAGGAAAGAAUCAGAAGUCAAGAGUAAAAAAAAAGAAGGUUCACUAAGGGCAAAGGCAAGUAAGGGAAGAAAGUACAACAAAAAGAUGAAAAGAAUAAGGGUAAAAUAA